AGGUACUUGUUGUGUUUUGUUUUGGGGCUUAAAUAUCGGACGGUUCUUGACCGAAGAGAGACUUGCGGAGCAGAGAGCAGCACCCCUCAGUAUAUACACAUUACUAUUGUCGAUUGGAAAAAACGCGUGAUCCGGUUAUACCAAACGUAAAGUGAAAAGUGAGUGCUUGUCUUAGCCCGUACAAGUGAAAAUCUAUAAAAAAAAGAGCGAAGGCGUUGAAAGAAGGUCCAACUGUAUAAAUGAAGGGGACCAAAAAGAAGGUCUUGUUCAAACCCAGCACCGGAAGAGUGACCCGCGCAACGACGCGCGGAAAAAAACACCAACCCCGGAGUGCAAGCGCGCCAAGGCUAGGAGAAUCACCUGAAAGAGAGCCUUAGGAGCUCGCCCAGAAUCAGCCAGUACAGGUAGACACCCUGUUCGAAGAAAACAAUCUGGACCAAGCCACCGGAUUGGAAGGAGCCGCCGGUGGAGAUAAUUUACCUCUCGGACCUCCUAGAGGGAGAUGAAGUAAGCUUCCCCAAUAUCAGAGACACGAGAAGGACAGCUUAGAAGCUGCCGAGCGACGUGAGCAGAGAUUGAUGGAGCUCUUGAGGCAGAGCAACGAGAUGCAGCGUGGAAUGAGCGCUCAGAUAGAAGCAUUGAAAACGCAAGUAGCCGAGACGCAGUCUACAACAUCUAGAGAGCCCGAACCAAAGGGUCCCACUGACAGCUUCUUGAGAUACCAAGAGACUCCGCCUCUGAAACCGGUGACGCAGGACAAUCUCAAUAGUUAGAUGCAUCGUUUAAAAACACCCAGGCGAACAGAUACGGAGACGAGCCACCAAUUGCAUCCAGGGAUCGAUAGGAACGCAUCAUGUCAGGGACCGAGAUCAAGAGAUGUCAGACUAGACAUGUGGAACCAAAAGUUCAACGGCAGCGGACGCGGCAUGACAGUUGGGAGCUUCCUGUUCCGCGUGGACCGACUGCAAGAAUUGUACGACCUCAAUCCCCAGCAAGUAUUUCGUGAGUUCCAUCUUCUUUUGACCGGUGCGGCCACUAAAUGGUAUUGGCAACUGAUUAAGGACAAGGCGAAAGAUUACGAUUUCGACUACUUCUCAUUUACCCAGGAAAUGAGACGGCCGUUUUCCACUACCACGAGCGACCUCAUGAAAGUCAAGAAUCUAAUGGAUCGCAGAGGGCCGCACGAAACUUUUGGCGAUUAUAAUUCGGAUAUGCACAACUUGCGUUUCAAACUGAAGCGUAAAAUCGCUGAAGAUGAGUGUGUCGAGCUUUUGAAAGACAACAUGAACUCCCUGCUAACGUCCCCAUUAACUUUGUUAGCGGAAUUCAAAAGGGAAGGUCUCCGAGUAGUCCGCUGGUUGAAAAAUACUGCGAAUAACAUGCACAGCGCCACCAAACUUGAACUGUAG